AUGCGAGGAUGUCUGCAGUUAGGCCGAUGGCUGAGCGCAGCGCCGAGAUGCCAGGCCGCUCACCUCCGACCAACUGCCUUUUCACAUAGCUUUAAUCGGGCUUUCUCGACAAGUACAAUAUAUCAUGCGCGUUCCAAAGUCAUUCCCAUCAAACCGGAUGCCGAUCUCGAGGCCCGAAUCCUCGCGAUCCCAAUCGAACGUUUCCGCAACUUUUGCAUCGUCGCACAUGUUGACCACGGCAAAAGCACACUUUCCGAUCGAUUGCUCGAAUUCACGGGCACCAUAAAACCUGGAACAAACAAGCAAGUGCUGGAUAAACUUGAUGUUGAACGAGAACGCGGAAUCACUGUCAAAGCGCAGACGUGUACCAUGAUCUACAAUCAUAAAGGCGAGGAUUACUUGCUACAUCUAGUUGAUACCCCUGGCCAUGUGGAUUUCCGCGCCGAGGUAUCCAGGAGUUAUGCCAGCUGCGGUGGCGCUAUCCUCCUGGUUGACGCCAGUCAAGGUGUGCAGGCGCAGACAGUUGCCAAUUUCUACUUGGCAUUUGCCCAGGGUCUUGAAUUGAUUCCAAUCCUCAACAAGGUCGAUUUGCCUUCAUCCGAUCCAGAGCGGGCUUUGGAACAGAUGCGAUCCACCUUCGAGAUUGAUACAGAUAACGCAGUCAUGGUCUCGGCGAAGACCGGAUUGAAUAUCCCAGCCGUGCUACCAACAGUAGUGGAGAAGAUUCCUGCACCUAUCGGUGAUUCACAGAAACCUCUCCGUAUGCUACUUGUGGAUUCCUGGUAUGACGCCUACAAAGGUGUGAUCCUGCUCGUUCGUGUCUUCGAUGGCGAAGUGCGCGCAGGCCAACAACUGAUAUCUUUUGUCACUGGACUCAAAUACUACGUCGGUGAGGUUGGAAUCAUGUAUCCAACCGAGACCGCGCAGACCGUUCUCCGUGCAGGUCAAGUUGGGUAUAUCUACUUCAACCCAGGCAUGAAACGGAGUAAGGAAGCCAAGAUCGGUGACACAUUUACUCGAGUCGGCUCUGAAAAGCUGGUUGAGCCACUUCCUGGAUUUGAAGAGCCAAAGUCCAUGGUGUUCGUGGCAGUAUACCCUGUCAAUGCGGACCAUUUCGAGCAUUUGGAGGACAGUGUCAAUCAGCUGAUCCUUAACGAUCGAAGUAUCACAGUGCAGAAAGAAUCUUCGGAUGCAUUGGGCGCCGGUUUCCGUAUGGGUUUCUUGGGAACCCUUCACUGCUCUGUUUUUGAAGAUCGUUUGCGACAGGAGCACGGCGCUAGCAUCAUCAUCACACCACCCUCCGUUCCCGUCAAAGUCAUAUACCGAGAUGGUACUGAGGACAUUAUCACAAACCCUGCCAAGUUCCCUGACGAUGAGGGCGCACGUCUCAAGGUGGCAGAAGUCCAAGAGCCGUACGUGCUGGCUACCCUGACAUUCCCAGAAGAAUAUCUGGGCAAGGUCAUUGAGCUUUGCGAGGCCAACCGUGGCGAACAACAGAGCAUCGAGUAUUUCACAUCUACACAGGUCAUCAUGAAAUACCAGAUACCACUGGCACACCUGGUUGAUGACUUCUUCGGGAAGCUGAAAGGAGGCACCAAAGGAUAUGCCAGUUUGGACUACGAGGAAUCUGCAUGGCGAGCGGGCAAUAUUGUCCGGCUUCAACUCCUCGUCAACAAAGAACCCGUUGAUGCGGUGGCGCGAAUCAUGCAUUUGAGUCAGGUGAAUCGACAAGGAAGACUGUGGGUCACCAAAUUCAAGGAGCACGUCGACAGGCAACUUUUCGAGAUCAUCAUCCAAGCCGCCGUCGGCAAGAAAAUCAUUGCCCGUGAGACCAUCAAACCAUACCGCAAGGAUGUGCUGGCGAAAUUGCAUGCCAGUGAUGUCAGCCGCCGACGAAAGCUGCUUGAGAAGCAAAAGGAAGGUCGCAAGAAGCUGCGGGCUGUUGGAAACGUGCCUCCAGAGGGUGCGCAGGUAGACCUGGGCAAAGCCCAGGUCAUUGACAGUGUUCCUAAGGUGAUCAAAGAAUUGAAGUUUGCAGUGGUAGAGGUUUCCGACCGAAAGUUCUUCGACCUGGACCAGGCUCGAACAGUUGUCUCCAAUGGACCUCUCGACCAACGUAUGGGUAUUUCGAACAAGACUGACGCUUGCGCGACGUGCGGACAUAAUCUUAAAGAUUGCAACGGUCACUUCGGUCAUGUGCGGCUGGUUCUUCCUUCCUUCCACGUCGGCUAUUUCAAGCGUGUUAUCGGGAUCCUUCAGGAAAUUUGCAAAGAAUGCUCCAAUGUUUUGCUUCCCGAAGCGGAGCGCCGGUCUUAUCUGCGCGAGAUGCGCCGACCGGGCCUUGACAACCUCCGACGAAACCAGAUUGUGAAACGCAUCAAUGAACGGUGUCGAAAAACUCGCGAGUGCACAUACUGUGGAGCGAUCAAUGGUGUGGUGAAAAAGACUGGAACAAGCGCUUUGAAGAUUACCCACGACAAGUUCCGUGCGUUCAAUGCCUCGACAUCUAUGAAGAAGCAAACCCCCAUCAGUAAAGAUGUUUUCGACAACUCUUUCCUCGAGGCUAGGGGCGCCAAUCCCGAGGUGGAGAAGCACUUCAAAAAAGCCCAGGACGACAUGAACGCUCUUCGUGUGCUGAAGCUUUUCAAGAAAAUGUCAGACUCCGAUUGUGAGUUGAUCGGCAUGAAUCCGAAGGAAGCACGUCCCGAGAUGUUCUUGUGGCAGUUUAUUCCGGCCCCACCAGUGUGCAUCCGACCUUCCGUGGGUCAAGAUGGUGCCUCUACAGAAGAUGACUUGACUGCCAAAUUGGGUGACAUUGUUCAAAGUAACAUCAACUUGAAGAAUGCCCUGCUCAAGGGUGCUCCUGUUCAGACCAUCAUGGAAUGUUGGGACUACAUGCAACUUCAGAUUGCUGUGUACAUUAACAGUGAUGUCCCUGGCCUCAAUAAAGCGGAUCUCGGAAAACCGAUUCGAGGCUUUGUGCAGCGCCUGAAGGGAAAGCAGGGUCGUUUCCGUGGUAAUUUGUCUGGAAAACGUGUUGAUUUCUCCGGUCGAACCGUCAUUUCACCCGAUCCCAACCUGCGUGUCGAUGAGGUUGCAGUCCCCGAACUGGUAGCAAAGAACAUGACCUACCCUGAGCUUGUGACCAGAUAUAACAAGGAGAAGCUGCAACAAAGAGUCAUCAAUGGUAGCAACAAAUGGCCCGGAGCAAAUGUCAUCAUCAAGAAAGGAACCGGCUUCAAACAGAUGCUGAAGUACGGAAAUACCCAAUGGAUGGCCGAUCAGCUACAAGAGGGUGACAUGGUCGAACGUCACAUCGAAGACGGUGACAUUGUCCUGUUCAACCGACAACCCUCACUUCACAAGCUCAGUAUUCUCUCCCACUUUGCCAAAGUUCGCCCUCACAGGACUUUCCGGUUGAACGAGUGUGUCUGCAAUCCUUACAAUGCCGAUUUCGACGGAGACGAGAUGAACCUCCACGUCCCCCAGACAGAAGAGGCACGAGCAGAGGCUAUGGAACUCAUGGGUGUGAAGAACAACUUGGCUACGCCCAAGAACGGAGAGCCCAUCAUUUCCGCCAUCCAGGAUUUCAUCAGUGCCGCCUAUAUUCUCAGCAGCAAAGAUAACUUCUUUGACCGUGCUUCUUUCUCGCAGAUUUGUCUCUACAUGCUUGGCCCUGAGACAAGAUUUGAUCUUCCUCCGCCAUCCGUUCUGAAGCCUCAAAUGCUCUGGACUGGAAAACAGGUCUUCAAUAUUCUCAUGCGUCCUAAUAUGUCUGACCCUGUUCAAGUGAACCUGGAUGCUGCAUGCCGUGAAUUCAAGCAGCCCAAGGACGGACGUCCCAAGGACUUGGACCCCAAUGAUGGCUGGCUUGUAAUUCGUAACUCCGAGGUUAUGUGCGGUGUUAUGGACAAGUCUACGAUUGGUUCCGGAAAGAAAGACAACGUUUUCUACAUCAUGCUCAGAGAUUACGGCCCCCCUGCGGCGGCUGAGGGCAUGAACCGUCUUUCAAAACUUUCUGCUCGAUGGUUCACUAACAUCGGUUUUUCCAUUGGUAUUGGAGAUGUCUACCCCAGCGCAGGUCUUGUUCAAUCUAAAAAUGACCUGGUAGAAGCAGCUUAUGCGGCUUGUGACGAGGUCAUUGCCAAGUACAAAGCCGGUACCCUGGAGAAGUACCCUGGAUGUGACGAAUUGCAAACCAUGGAGAACCAGCUCUCCGGUAUCCUGAGUAAAGUUCGUCAGCAAGCUGGUGACGAAUGUAUCCAGCAACUCAGCAAGUACAACUCGCCCCUGAUCAUGGCCACUUCCGGUUCCAAGGGUUCCAGCAUCAACGUGUCCCAGAUGGUUGCCCUCGUCGGUCAACAAAUUAUUGGUGGUCAGCGUGUCCAGGACGGUUUCCAGGAUCGUACCUUACCUCAUUUCCCGAAGAACGCCCGACAGCCGCCGUCAAAGGGUUUCGUCCGCAACAGUUUCUUCUCCGGUCUACAGCCUCCUGAAUUCAUUUUCCACGCUAUGUCUGGUCGUGAAGGUCUGGUCGAUACAGCUGUCAAGACAGCUGAGACUGGUUACAUGUCUCGUCGUCUGAUGAAAUCCCUUGAGGAUCUGUCGUCGAUGUAUGAUGACACAGUUCGUAACUCGUCUGCUGCCAUCGUCCAAUUCCAGUAUGGUGAUGAUAAGUUGGAUCCUGUGGAUAUGGAGGGUAAAGCUAAACCCGUCCACUUCGACCGAACUUUCAUUCAUUCCGAAUCAACAACAUACAACAACGACGAGCCAAGUCUACUCCCAGAACAAAUGAUGGAAGUCUGCGAGAGCAUGCUUUCAAAGGAACGUGCCAAGCUGACCCGCAAGGACUUGCUUGGCAAUUCUCUCGGAUAUAUGGAUCGCAGUGACCACGGCAUCGAUCAGUUUGAAAGUGCUCGUGACUUCCUUGACUCAAUCGAAGAAUACGUGUCAAAGAGGGCCGAUAAGCUUAUUUCUCGAGGUGGAGACAUUGACCCAUCCGACCAGCGAAGCCGAAAAGCCCUGGAUCACACCGGUAAACUGACAGAAACCACAUUGAGGGCUUUCAUCACUGCCUGUUUGUUGAAGUACAAGAGAGCCCAGGUUGAGCCCGGUCAUGCCGUCGGUGCCGUCGGUGCCCAGUCUAUCGGUGAACCUGGAACACAGAUGACACUGAAAACUUUCCAUUUCGCCGGUGUCGCUGGAAUGAGUAUUACCCAGGGUGUUCCCCGUAUUAAGGAAAUUAUCAACGCCUCAAAAGAAAUCAGUACGCCCGUCGUUGCUUGCGAGCUUGUCACCCAGGACAGCACCAUCGCCGCUCGUAUCGUGAAGGGACGAAUUGAGAAGACCUUCCUGUCUGACGUCAUUCACUCCGUCACAGAUGUUUGGACCAAAGAUGAGGCUUAUAUCAAGGUGGUCAUCAACUGGAAAACAAUUGAAGACCUCUCGCUCGAGAUCACGACGCCGCAGAUUGUCCAGACAAUCAAGACACACAAGCGCUUCAAGGCAAGCGAUCUCAAGUUCUCUUACAAGCAAUCUUCGAUCAAGGUCCACAUGGAUCUCGACCCAGCCACCAAGGUGGGCCUCUCCAAAACAGAAAUUGCAGCCACUAGCAGCGAUCCAUUCUUGCGUCUCAAGCAUCUGAAACGCCUUCUCCCCGGAAUUCAAAUUCUGGGUCACCCGCGUGCCACUCGUGCUAUCAUUCGUACAGACGAGAAGUCCGAAAAGAACACUCUGCUUGUUGAAGGCUAUGGUUUGAGGGAGUGUAUGACUACCAUGGGUGUGGACGGCCUCAGAACCAGAACCAACAACAUCAUGGAGGCGCGCGAUGUUCUAGGUAUCGAGGCAGCACGAAGCACCGUUGUUACGGAAAUCAGCGAGGUCAUGAAGGACAUGGACAUCGAUCCUCGUCACAUGCAACUCCUGGCUGACGUGAUGACCUACAAGGGUGAAGUGCUGGGUAUCACUCGAUUCGGUCUCGCCAAAAUGCGUGACUCAGUUCUUCAGCUCGCCUCGUUCGAGAAGACCGCUGAUCAUCUGUUCGACGCCGGUGGCCUUGGUCGUACCGAUCUGAUUGAGGGUGUUUCGGAAUGUAUCAUCAUGGGCAAGACGGUGUCGUUGGGUACAGGUGCCAUGGAGGUUGUGCGUAAGCUCAAUUUCUACCAAGGCCAGAUUGGCCCACGGAAGACGGUCUUCGAAGAUGUGUGGACCGAACACUGUGAGGCGCCUUUAACCAGGCGGCCUAAGAAAAAGGUCCGAUGA